AUGGACGUCCACGAGGCUUUCCAUUUGGAUAACUUGUCACUUCCUGUUCCUCAAAGAAUCAAUCUAUUACUGUUGCUAGGUUGCUGGUUUUGGUAUUUAAUCAUAAAAUUGUACAUUAAAAAUGAUAUAGAUAUAGUGAAAUUAAUUGCCCUCGAUAAAUCAGCCUCUAAGGAAGAAGAUGGUGACAAUACCUUCAACACGAACAACAAUGCAAAUAAUUUAUCGACUUUGAAACUUUCUAAGAUUGUUUACAAUUUUAAUGUUAAAUUAACGAAAAUAAUCCUACCAAUGCAUAUAAUCACUUGUACAUUUUGGUUUUUCAGACAGAAUUAUGCUGAUGUAUUAUUUUCCCAGCCAAUAGAUUCUCCAGAUAGCAGGAAUGAUCCUUUUUUUCUUUUUGCAAUGGCUCAAAGAAUUUGUGAAAUUAUAAUCAAAACUUCAAAAAUAUAUCCAUUAUUGCAAGCUCUUUUUAUUGUCUACUAUAUCCUUAGAAACUGUAGCAUUAUUAGGUACUGCUGUUCGAGACUAAUAUUUAUUGAAUCAAGGCCAAGGAAUUUAAGAACCACAUACAUCCUUAUUUCAGAUACAUUGACAUCGUAUGCCAAACCAUUGAUAGAUUUUACUAUUUAUAAUUCGAUUUUGAUUACUGGUGAAAUAAAAUUACGUCAUUUAGAUUUAUUGGUGGCAUGUAUACCUAUUUUCAUCAGAAUCUUCCAAUGUAUUAGAGAAUUUAUCAAUUCGAAUGGUAUGGAUAAAAAUCAUCUAUAUAAUUCAAUGAAAUAUGCUUCCGGUCUACCUGUACUAUUCUGUAUGUGGAUCUCAAGAGCCUACCCUGAAUACCAUGAGACUUACCAAAUAAACGUAUUCCACAAAGUUUUCAUGUUAAUAAACUCCACAUUCUCAUUUUAUUGGGAUAUUAGAAAAGAUUGGUCCAUCACUUCCCUUUAUAAUAUUAGAAGCUCUAGUGUUGCCAACACUAAGGCAGAUCCAAAGGCCAACAAAAGAGUCAAUUUUCCAGUUAAGUAUUAUUAUUACACCAUUUUCUAUGAUUUAAUAAUCAGAUAUUGGUGGUGCUGGAUCUUCUUUGGUCAAAUAUUAGGAUUCGAGUUGACCGACUCAAUGAUUUUUGACGGUGAAACUCAGUACUUAGAAAUUGCAAGAAGAGCACUCUGGGCUAUCUUCAGAUUAGAGAGCGAUCAUAUUAGUAGCAUGACAUCCAUCAAAUAG